AUGGGAAAAAUCGAACGAUUCGACAUAAUACUGAGCAAUCCGGAAGAGGCUUAUUUUGCUGGACAAGAAAUUUCGGGAAAAGUCGUUAUAGAAAUUAAAGAGCCAAAGAAGGUCAAUGAAAUUUUAUUGGAGUUGAAGGGACGAGCCCGAACGUACUGGACGAAACAUUCCGGAAAAUCUCGGAAACAUUGUUCUCAUUCGGAACCUUACUUCUUGGAACAAUUCAACACCGCAUACACGCACAAAUUCUCAGUGACAAAAAACGGCAGAGAGAAGGAACGUGUACUACCGGCCGGAGUGCACGAAGUUCCAUUCUCGUACACGUUGCCGAAAUCGUUACCGACAUCGUUCGAGGGUGAAUUUGGACAUAUCCGUUACACAUGCCGGGCGAUUUGUGAACGUCCUUGGGAUUUCGAUAUUGUCUCCCGGAAAGCAUUCACUGUGAUAGGCAUUGAGGACAUUAAUUCUGAUCCACGGAACAGUCUUGAAGAAAGCAACUGGCUACGGCGGACGGAUAUGAUUGGUUGGAUACGAUCCAAGGAUACAGAUCUUCUAAAUGAACCAGUAUCUUCAUGCGAAUCUAACCAUACGGUAGCAUGGUGCUGUCGAUCCAAUGGCAGCAUUACUGCCGAGUUGAAGUUGGAGAAAUCAGGUUAUACUCCGGGAGAGAAAAUCAAUGCAUCAUAUAGGAUAAGCAAUAAUAGUAGUCGAGCAAAACCUGUAUGUUUAAAGUUCAUACAAAAUACUGUGUACAAAGCAAAGACAUUCGCUGGGCACGAAGAAGUGAAGGCAACAACACGGGUUAUUCUAAAAAUUGAUAGACCAGAGAUUCUCUCAAAUACCACCUCAGAUUGGCUGACGGUAGAGAUUGUUGUACCGUCGUUGCCACCUCGAUUAGGGAAGUGCAAGAUACUCUCAGUAGUCUACAGUUUGGAGUUGGAUAUUGAUCAAACCUUGACAGUCACGUGCCCGGUAAUAAUCGGGUCCAUACCUCAAUUAAUCGAAUUAUUAAAUCAUACAAAAGCACGAAAUGGGAAAAGUAGUCUACGAGAUUCACCGCCGAAAAAAACAUCACCUACAAGCGAUAACUGUGUCCAGGUGACAAUCACUGACGAAUCAGGUCAAACGGUAUGCGGUGAGCAGCUGAGUAACGAAAUGGAAGCACUGUUAUCGUCACGAAAACGAGUUCGUAUGCCGAGUUCAAUUCUAUCCGAGCUCUAUCCGACUAUGCCAAGUCCAUAUUACAGGGAGUCCUUCUUCGGCCCGGUCGACAUCUCAGACGAGAAAGAAAGUGCACAAUACGGCGAGAAAAUGUUUGCUCCCAAAUAUCCGUUCUACACUGAUUGA